AUGCCAGAAACUAUAAAAUGGUCUACACCAAUUCAACCGGGCAAUUCAAAAGAUUUACGUAAAUUACGUAAUCUAGAUACAUUUAAUACGGAACAAUAUAAACAUCGAGAUGAAGCAAGAUCAGAUGGUACACAUCAGAAACAUUCUAGAUCUUGGACAAACGAAAGUGAAUCGGCCGUAAACGAACAAAGCGAACGUCAAGGCUGAUAUUAUUAUUGUUAUUACAUUUAUGUGCAUAUAUCUAUGCAUAUGUAUAUGCUCCCCU